AUGGGCGACGCUGCCGUCUUUAAUUCAUCCGAUUUCGAGGUGUCGGGCGAUGAUCAGCCUGCGAAGAAGCGUAAGACAGGCCACGGCAUCGCCGAGGCUAUCCUUCGCAACCAGCUUAUUGAUCGUCGGGAGUCAAAGAAAGCCUCGAGAACUCUGAAGUUUGCACACGGCGCCCCUGGUACUCGAUCACUUCACGACGCCGUUCUCAUCUCUUGGGACGCGUACUGUCAAACGAUUGGACAUCCAGUCAAGGAGUGUCCGUCAGGAGAACGAAUCUUCCAAUAUAUUGAUACCAUGAUUCGGAACUCCAAGUCUACUAUUGCUGGAAAGCCCUCAAUCUCCCUCUCCGUCGUCCGAGCUCUGCUGUCGCGGCUCAUCAAGCUUCUUAUGUUUCGUCACGAGAACCUCCUCGAGUCCUAUACCAAGCAUCACCUCACCCGCAUUGAGGUCCAUCUGCAACAGCUCGUUACUAAAGGAAAGCUCGUCCGCGGAACUUGGUACAGAAAGCAGUGGCUCUCUUUCAUGACGCUCUUGAGGAUGGGUCAAGGCUGGUUCAAGCGUGUGAUGGCUGAGGGUACCUACUCAUGGGAUAUAGUCCUGUCCAAGAUCGCAAGCAUUGUCACACAGAGCGCCUUGAGUUCAAGAUCUGGCGACAUUACCCGCACCCAGCUCUAUGAAGGUUUCGAGUGCUUGUGCUGGAAGGACAUCACCCUGAAGCUGGAUGAAUCUUCUGAUCGAGGCAUGCCGAGGGUUAUUGACUUGAGAGGAACCUUCAUGCUGAGAUUUACCAAGGGCUUCAAGGAUGUUCGGAACGCAGACCAGCCAAUCUACUGUGACCCUCUGUCCAACACUUCGCACAGCACCGUCUGCUGUGUCAAGCUCCUCCUCAUUCUUGCACUACGCUUGGGCUACGUCUACUCUCCAACCUUGGACGGUGUUUUGAGAGGUGCUGCUGCACGCGCUGAUGGUACUAUUCAAUGGACUCAGCCUGACGCCCCGGUUUUCUCACAGUUCAGUAAGGGAUUUUCACCAUUUCUUGUUCUGGACAAGCCAGCCGGACAAGAGCAAGUUCGCCACUCUCUGAAAGAGAUCGCCCAUCUCACCGGUAUGUUGGAGGACCGUAUCGACACCAGGGCUCUGCGCCGAGGUGCACUACGGGAUCAUGCCUACGCCAAGAAGGCAUUGGUUGGAGCACCAACUGUCGGCGUCGCUAUGCUUGCAAAUCAUAGCAACACGUCCUACAAUAUGGGCACAACCAGAGACUAUGUCGGACCGCUUGAGGUGUCCUCGUAUAACCAGCGAUCCGAGGCCGAGCGUGCUGAUCGAAUGGCUCCUGCGUUUGCGGACGAGGGCCCAUCCAAGGAAUGGCUUCGAAAGUUCAGUACCAGAGAGAUAUCUGAGUAUAUGACGGAGAAUGGCAUGGAUCUCAACGACCGCAUGCAACGCAAGACGGCUGGAGCGCGGAUGAAGAAGGAGAGGGAGCAGAAGUGGCGUGACGUUGCCAAGGACAACCCUCUGCGACUUCAGACAGCGUCUGAAGCCAAUGUUGGCGGAACCAAAGGCUCCCAUGCAAAGAAGAAAUCAACACUGGCUCCGACAGUUGCGUCCUCUUCGACUAAUGACACCGACGAUGUCGACAUUGAUAGUUCGAUCGAGGUUGGACUUCGAACGCUUGACAUCGCUCCCCAUACGAGUUUGGAAAGUCUCACAGAUGCUGUCUUUCUCGACCGGGGAGAGAACAGCAGCGACGAUGAUUCAAAGAUCUCCGACAGCGUCGGAGAUGACACGGCUGACGAGAUCGACCUUGUGCUACAAGAUACCCUUGCACUGGAGUUCCAAUCUGCUUCAGCUACUGCCUCUGUAUCAACAUUCUUGGCUCCAUUGCAAGGCGUGCAGCUUGCUCACAUCGAACAAUUCAGCGGCGACGAUUUUGUUCGUUUCUUCUCGCAGAUCAAUCUCUAUCAGUCAACGCUAUCCAGCUCCAGAUUCAACCGAAAUGACCCAGAGGAUCUGAAGAAGUACACGCUUUGUGGCAACAGCCGAGAUGUAGCCACACCUUGGAUGUACCCGUGCCCGCAUGGCUGCGGAUAUAGCAGCAUCUCGGAACAUAACGUCGAAGAACACGAAGUCAAUUGCAAUGGACAGGCACGAGAGAGACCAGUCCCAUGUCCACGUAAGAACUGCGGUAAAAGUUUCAAAAACGAGGAGACUAUGAAGGCUCAUGUUCACGACGUCCACGAUUAUCGACCAAUUGCUUGUGAACAGUGCCCAGAUCAGCCCGACGUCCUCUACGAUACGAAGCUUGCACUGAGGAAUCAUCGAGAGAAGGCACACAGCGACCCUAUUCCAGAGCAAGACUGUCCCCUCGUUGCGGACUGCAAGUUCACAACAAAGUUCACUUCCAAGAGAGCUCUGAAAAAGCAUCUCAAGUCCAAGAGUCACAAGCUCACCACGGCGCAGCUGAAGGAGCACGUCCGAGACUCACGUAGUGACAGGAGACAGAAGGUCGGUAAGAAGAACAGACCUAAGGGAUGGUACUUGGAGCAGAAUGAUGAUGAGGAGGAUGAGUGA